AUGUCGAAGAGUGAUGCCCGCCUCCAGCCGCGCAUGUCCAGGAAGCCUCCAUUUUCCGUGGAAGCUUCAGGCUACGAGUCGGUCCCCGGAGAGACAAUCCCUCGUAGACUGCCCGCAGCCAAGGAUAACCUCAUUCUGAAACCGUCCGACGAUGUCGCAACCGUCUACGAUAACUUUCGACGCUCUGCACGUGUGUUCGGCAACGCAAAGGCUGUUGGUAGUCGUCGCCUGAUAAAAAUUCAUGUGGAGAACAAGAAGGUCAAGAAGAUCAUUGACGGCGUCGAGAAGGAGGUCGAUAAGCAGUGGUCGUACUUUGAGAAGAGCGGGUACUCGUACCUCAGCUUUGUCGAGUACGAACAAACGGCGCUGCAACUAGGUGCUGGUCUGCGGAAACUGGGGCUUGAAAAGAACGACAAGGUUCACCUCUACGGGUCAACAAGCGCGAAUUGGAUUCUCAUGUCACACGGAGCUUCCUCUCAGUCUCUGCCCAUCGUCACCGCAUAUGAUACUUUGGGCGAGGAAGGAUUGAAACAUUCCCUGGUUCAAACCGACAGUAUCGCUAUGUUCUGCGACCCCGUUCUGAUUUCUUCGUUGGUCAACGUCCUUAAGGAUGCGAAGUCGAUCAAACAUGUGAUCUACAGCGAUGCCCAGGAGCCUAAGCAAGAGGACCUGGACCAGCUGAAAAGGGAAUACACCUACCUCAACAUCAUGAGUUUCGAAGAGCUGCAGAACUUGGGCAAGGAGAACCCUGUGGACCCGAUCCCGCCAAAUCCCGAAGACAUUUGCUGCAUCAUGUACACAUCCGGAUCGACGGGGCCGCCCAAGGGUGUCCCAUUGACGCACAAGAACGUGAUCGCUGCAACUGCUGGUAUCAAUGAGAUUGUUGGAAAGUAUAUUAGCCCGUCUGAUAGCCUUUUGACCUACCUCCCACAAGCGCAUAUCCUUGAAUAUGUGUUUGAGAAUCUCUGCCUGUUCUGGGGUGGUACCAUGGGUUACGGAAACCCACGCACUCUGUCAGACACCUCGAUGCGCAAUUGCAAGGGCGAUAUUCGUGAAUUUAAGCCAACAAUUCUUGUCGGAGUCCCAGCCGUCUGGGAGACGGUGAAGAAGGGUGUACUCAAUAACCUGAACAAGAACAACUUCCUCGUACGAGGCAUGUUCUGGGGAGCCAUGUCCGCCAAGAACUUCUUGAUGGCGACUGGUUUCCCUGGAUCCGGCGCCGGUGCUGCGCUCCUCGAUAGCAUCGUCUUCCGUAAGUUGAAGGAGGCGACGGGCGGAAGGUUGCGCAUUAUCAUGAAUGGAGGCGGUCCUAUCUCGAAAGAUACCCAGAAAUUCCUGUCCAUGGCCAUUGCUCCGAUGAUCAGCGGUUACGGAUUGACUGAGACCUCGGCCAUGGGUGCUUUGAACGACCCAAUGGCCUGGAACCCAGAUGCUUUGGGCGAGCUGCCUGGUUGCAUUGAAGUAAAACUGGUCGACUUCCCUGAUGCUGGCUAUCUGACGAAGAACAACCCACCACAAGGAGAAAUCUUCAUCCGUGGAGGCAGUGUGACCUCCUCGUACUGGAAGAACGAGGAAGAAACCGCGAGCGCCUUUACCAAGGAUGGAUGGUUUAUUACGGGUGACAUUGGCGAGUUCGACAAAUACGGCCACCUCAAGAUCAUCGACCGUAAGAAGAAUCUGGUCAAGACACUCCACGGCGAAUAUAUUGCGCUGGAGAAGCUCGAGUCGGUCUAUCGAUCCUCCCCAGUAGUUGGCAACAUCUGCGUCUACGCUGCCGAGGACCAGGACAAGCCGAUUGCCAUUAUUGUUCCUGUUGAAGCGGCGUUGAAGAAGCUCGCCAAUAAUAACGGCAUCGAAGGAGACACUGUCGAGUCGCUCGUUCAUAACGAGAAACUGAACUUUAUUGUUCUUAAGCAGCUCCAGGACGCCGGUCGCGCUGCUGGACUCCGCGGCAUUGAGAUUCUCAACGGCGUCGUGCUCUCCGACGAAGAAUGGACCCCUCAAAACGGCUUCACUACCGCCGCCCAGAAGCUUCAGCGCAAAAAGAUCCUUAACCACUUCCAAGCGGAAGUUGAUCGCGCAUACGGCAAGAAAUAA